AUCUAUCAUCAGUUCUAUAAAAAGGGAAGAGAGAGGGCCUCAAAUACAUUACAUCUGCUGGAUCUCAGGCCCAGAGAAUAGGAAGUAUUCUAUCUGCUCUUCCCCCAAGGAACCAUGAAGGGAGAUUUGCUCCUCUUCCUUAUUUCUAUUGUCCUCCCUCGUGUCCAUGGAAUGGUAAACUUAACCUGUGUUUCAUGUCCUCUUGGAAACACCAAAUGCGGAGCUAAUUGCACAGAUUUGGGGAUUGCAUGUGCUACUUUAGAAGAAGUCAAUACACUGGGCGGGAGCGUCAGUCCCAAUGGAUCAUACCAAGGAUGCAUUGAUCAACAGCAUUGUAGACCUCUUGCCUUCACCUUGACCACAGCUCCUGGACGCCACGUCCAAAGCAAUAUGGCAUGUUGCUCAACAGAUAUGUGCAAUGAAGAGUUGAAUCUAAGCGUUCCCCCAGUUGGUACUUUGGAAAAUGGGGUGUUUUGCCCCGCCUGUGAAAGCUACAACCAGAAACAGUGUGAGAUCAAAAGUCACAUUGCCUGCACUGGAACGGAGGAGAAAUGCAUUAUUCUUGCAGGAGAAUCUAUCGCUUCUGCGAAUCAAUCAUUUGCCAUUAAAGGCUGUGCAACUAAGAAUGCCUGCAGCUUGCUACAGAAUGACCUGGUGCCAUUUGGAGGGAAGAUAUAUAAGUUGACUGUUAACGCUACUUGCACGGACAGGGGAGUAUUGAGUAUGAUUUCCUCCCCAGGCAUCAUUUUUUCUUCCCUUGCUGGAGUCCUCUUAGUCCAGAACCUCUCUUGAAGACAUCUGGUUCCUCUCCUGGGCUUGAUAAAAAGGCCACCAUCUGGGUGGUCUCCAGAAUUGCAAAUAAAAUUUUCAAAUUCUUUUCUAUCACAAA